CUACGUUGAACGUUCUCCUGACAUAAUAAAGCAAGGUAUACAAGAACUUCAGCAGUAAUUUUUGUGAUAAAAGUCAUGAAAGAAACUAAAAGGAAGUGUUUAAAAUGCGGGGAUUCCCCAGGUGAUAAUUUUCGUGUUAUUUUGCAUCGUUUCCCUAAGCCUGGAAGAACCAAUAAACUUCGCUGUGAAUCAUGGGCUAAAUUUUGCUUUCCUGACCGUGACUGGCAUUUGCCGGAAUUCCAGAAAAAGCUGUUUAGUGAACAUAGAAUGCUCUGCAAUAAACAUUUUAGAACAACAUCAUUUAUGGAUAUAUCUCGCAGAAGAUUAAUUAAAACUGCCACUCCAGACCCAGAAUCUGAAAAAAUAUUUAACGAAACAAAAAACUUGAAUGUAUCAGAAACAGGAGUGACAGAAAAAACAGAACCCAGUCAGAACAUUUCUCAAAUGUCGAAACCCUUAUUAUAUAAUACAACUCUUCUCAAUACAGAAGAGGCUUCGGAAGGAUUUGAGCUUCAGGAGUCAAAUGAUUCAGAAAAAAUAUAUUCGAUAUAUCAAGAAUCAGUUCUAGAAGAAACCACUGAAUUUCCUUCUAAAAAUUAUAAAAGUUUGUACACCAAAUGCCAAAGACAAUUAAAAAAAAUUAAGCAACUUAGAAACAUUAUACGCAAAUUGAAAGAAAAACUACAAAUUCGCAAAAUAUCCACACACACUGUUUUAAAAACUAAGUUUAAGAAAUUUUAAAUAAAAACAACUACCUAGUC